AUGUCGUUCUCGGACGAUUCCCGUCCCAAGCCUGCAGACAUGGCAUCAGAUCCCAAAGUUGUGGACGACAAUGCUCCUCAUGCCGUCGCGGAACCGACCCGUCGACGCAGUUCUAUUGUUGAAGCAGAGAAAUCGCCUGGUGUCGUGAGGAUCGAGGCCAUCAACGAAGUCCUCACCAGGAAAGAUCGUGUAUUCCUCUUCAUUGGCGUAUUUCUCAUCGCCUACGCUUAUGGACUGGAUGGCACGGUUCGAUAUACGUACCAGACUACAGCCACUGCAUCGAUGGGCCAUCAUUCUCUGUUGGCCACGAUCAACACGCUUCGUGCCGUCAUCGCUGCCGCCGCCCAGCCGACUGCCGCCAAAAUCGCCGACGUCUUCGGCCGUCUGGAACUGGUUUUCGUCAGCGUGGUCUUCUAUGUGGUGGGAACUAUUAUCGAGGCCUGUGCGACCAACAUCGACACCUUUGCAGGAGGCUCCGUCCUAUAUCAGAUCGGCUAUACGUGCGUCAUCUUGCUGGUGGAAGUGAUCAUUGCGGACAUCACGUCCCUGCGAGCUCGACUCUUCUUCAGCUACAUUCCUGCAUUGCCAUUUCUGGUGAAUACCUGGAUUAGCGGCAACAUUACUUCGGCUGUGCUGGGUGCGACAACCUGGCAAUGGGGGAUCGGGAUGUGGUGCAUAAUCUACCCAGUCUGUGCGCUCCCACUCAUGAUAUCACUCUUCUUCGUUGGUCGGCGUGCGCGCAGCGCUGGCGUCUUGGAGAAAUACAAAACACCGUACCAGAUGAUGGGUGCAAGGAGAUUGACUCUCGAGCUCUUUUGGGCUCUGGACAUCCCUGGCAUCCUCUUGUUGAUCGCGGUCUUUGCUCUCAUCCUUGUGCCCCUGACCAUUGCUGGAGGAUCAACUUCUUCGUGGGGUACUGCACACGUCAUUGCACCACUUGUCAUUGGGGUCCUCUGUGUCCCGGUUUUUGUCUUGUGGGAACUCAAGGCACCUCGACCACUCGUGCCCUUCCAUCUCCUCAAAGAUCGCGGCGUCUGGGGGGCACUUGGGAUCGCGUGUACCUUGAAUUUUGCCUGGUACAUGCAAGGCGACUAUCUGUACACGGUGCUGAUCAUUGCUUUUGAUUUCAGCGUCAUGGGCGCCACCCGAAUUUCUUCCUUGUACAGUUUUUGUUCUGUCGUCACGGGCUUCCUUCUGGGUAUGGUUGUCUACAAGGUCAGACGCCUAAAAUGGUUCAUCGUUGCCGGAACUUGUCUUUUCAUGGUUGCAUUUGGACUCCUCAUCCACUAUCGCGGGUCUCCCACCUCCGCCGGGCAGUCGGGCGUUAUUGGUGCGCAGGUCCUCCUGGGUAUUGCUGGAGGCAUGUUUCCAUACCCGGCCCAGGCGUCGAUCCAAGCCGCGACCAAACACGAGCACGUCGCCGUCAUCACUGGUCUGUAUCUGGCCACCUAUAAUAUUGGGUCUGCUCUGGGUGGUGCCAUCUCCGGAACAAUCUGGACCAACGUGCUGCCGUCGACGCUUGAGGACAAGUUGGCGCCACUUGGAAAUUCGACCUUGGCAGCUGCGACCUACGCCGACCCCUUCACGGUCGCCUACGAAUAUCCUGUCGGCACGCCGGUGCGAACAGCCAUCAUCGCCGCAUAUCAGCAUGCACAGAGGUUGCUCUGCAUUACGGGCAUCUGUGUCUGCACGCUUUUGAUCAUGUUUGCAUUCUGUCUCCGCGAUCCUAAGCUGGGUGACGAGCAGAGCUUGCCUGAAGCAGAAGAAGACGUGGUUCGUUGA